AUGACGAAGAAAGCUCGCCCAACCUCUACAAAAGCUUCGACAAAUGAACAGCCGCUCAACGCAACGUUCCCUGCCUUGUCCCAUAAGCAUAACAUACCUUGUCGUGUCCUUCUGGAAGACCAGAUCUUGGUGCUUGAUAAUGUCUUCACUCCUGAAGAGUGCUCGCAAUUUGUCAGAUUUAUUGACAAGCAGCCCCUUCAGCUCACACCUCCCAAGAAGAAGGGAGAGGCUGAUAGAGUAAACCAUCGUCUUUCUAUCACCUCGGUCGCCUUCGCACAACAUCUGUUCGCUCUGUUGAGCCCGCAUCUACUAGCCUUUCCAUACCCGGCGUCUCAAAAGCGUCUCAACUCCCUAUCUCGACCUGCGCAUUCACUCAACUCCAAUAUCCGUCUCUACAAGUAUACGCCAAACCAACAUUUCGGUCAGCAUUAUGAUGACUGGGUCCGAGAUACAGAGACAGGAGCCAAGUCUGAGUGGACCUUGUUGAUUUACCUGACAGGGGCAGAAGAUGGCGUGGAAGGUGGUGAAACGAUCUUCUAUCCGAGCUCCAAGUCAUCUGACGCAAUCGUCGUCCCCUUGACUCGAGGCACUGUUCUUCUUCACCGACAUGGGCACGAGUGCCUUCUACACGAAGGCUCUGAAGUUCGUAGAGGGACAAAAUAUGUUCUUCGUUCAGACGUUAUGUUUAUGAACUGA